AAACAAAACUCAGAGAUAUUAUAAUUUCGUCCAAAAUAUAAAAUUAAGGAUGAGAAUUUCUGAAAACGACGGACCCCAUUUCCAUCCAGCAAUGGUUUGGGGCUGCCAUUUUUGGAGCUCAGUCCAAGAUUAAUGGCUUCUCUCUGGAAACCUCCUAUUGCCUUCUUCUCCCCAAUCAGACCCACCUUUAACCCAUCAAAAAUGGCGUCCAAUCCCACCCACACCCUCCUCCGCGCCAACGAUCCUGACAUUGGCGGCGGCAGAAAAGUCUUCUCGUCUUCUCUUUCUGUGGCUACUGGCCGGAGCUCCGAUAGUGGUAGCAAAAGCACUGGGAAGCUUCCUGUUCUCCUCUUUGACAUCAUGGGUACCGUUGUUCGUGAUCCUUUCUAUGAUGAUGUUCCCGCCUUUUUCAGAAUGUCCAUGGAGGAACUACUUGAACUCAAGCACCCAACUAUAUGGUUAGAGUUUGAAAAGGGUAUGAUUGAUGAGGCAGAGCUGGAAAAAAGAUUCUUUAAAGAUGGGCGACCUGUAGAUUUUGAAGGCCUCAAAAACUGUAUGAAAAGUGGUUACUCCUACCUAGAAGGCAUUGAAGAAUUGCUAAAUGCACUAAAAGAGAGAAACUAUGAAAUGCAUGCCUUCACAAACUAUCCCAUUUGGUUCGUGAGAAAAGAAAUAGCAUGCCAUUUCUUGCAAUUAAAUGUUUCAUCAAUUUUUGUAAUUUCAUUUUGCAGGUAUGAAAUGAUCGAGGAGAAGUUAAAAAUCUCGAGAUAUCUAUCAUGGACAUUCUGCUCUUGUAAAAACGGGAAGAGGAAGCCGGAUCCUGAAUUCUACUUGGAAGCCGUGAGACAUCUUGAAGUCGAACCAGCUAGUUGUAUUUUCAUCGAUGACAGAAAGAAGAAUGUAGAAGCAGCAAAGGAAGUUGGCAUUGUUGGACUACAUUUCAGAAGUGCAGAUUUACUACUACAGGAUCUCUGUCUUCUAGGACUCGAUAUUUCAGCCGAUAACAUCGCCUAAAAUCGGGAUCGACAUAAAUACUACAAGCAUAAUCAUGGAGGUUCGUUUCUCUCUUUGUAAUUUCACCAUGGAAAAUAAAAUCAUCUUUCCUCUUGAUUCAAUUGUUCUUCAUGUUGGAAUUCUGUUCUUGAGAGUGUUACAGCUGGGAAUUCUUUUGUGGGAUCCUUUUACUGCACAAAAUGAAAAAACACUCAUUUGUAACUCAAUUCAAAUUAUGAUCAGAAUCAGCUGGGAUUAUAUCAAUUGGGCAUUUCUUCAUUAUGAUCUGUUUAUCGAUUUGGAAGAAAGGGCAUGAAUAUGGAAGCAAUAUCAAUAUCGUUUUUUUGUAAUGGUUAAAUCAUCACUGAAUUAAGGUGAUGGGAUUACGGUGAGGUUAAUCAUUUAUCAAUACUUGAACA